GUUUCUCCUGCACUGCCCUCAGUGCCUCCUGGGGCUUCCUGUGUCCCCCUGCCUGUCACCCCGUCCACCAGAGGACCCCUCUGUCCUGUUUCCUCCCACCUCUCCACCUGUGCCUCAGUCGUCCCUUCCCCAGCUUUCAUUUUUCUUUAUCUGUCAGUUUCUCUCUUUUGUUUUUCCCUCCAAACCCCCGAGUCUCCCUUUCCCUGCGCCAUCCCUGUGCGGACCCCUUUCUCUCUGCCUCAUUUUCUCAUCUCUAAGUUCUCUUGGCCCCUGCCCGGCUCCAGCGUCUUGGCUCUGGGCUCCUGGCCUCAGUUUCCUCCCGUCCUCGACUCCUUCCUCCGGCUGCGGCCCUUCCUCGAGGGCGGAUGUGCGCCGGAAAGGCGAAGGCGGCGGCGGGCCUGGAGGGUCCCAGCUCGGCCCGCAGGCCUCUGACCAUAGCCCUGCGACGCCCCAGGCGAGGCCUCGGACACUGAAAACAUCCUUCUAAGACCCCUGGGAAAAGAGACAAAGGGAGAAGAGAAGAAAAGGUCUGGGAGGGAACUUCUGUUUUAGCCCUGCCACCUGCCUGGGGGCCCUCUGUCUACUAGUGUUCCCCAGGGGCUUCUUCCCUGGAUUCUGCUUCUCCCACUAAAGUGCUCUGGAGCCCUAGGACCAUGGACACUCUCAAUAGGAACCUGGUAGGCCCUGGAUGCAAGACCCAGGCCAUGGUACAGAAAGGACCCUUGGACUUGAUUGAGACAGGCAAAGGGCUAAAAGUACAAACGGACAAACCCCAUCUGGUGAGCCUGGGCAGUGGGCGACUCAGCACUGCCAUCACCCUGCUGCCAUUGGAGGAAGGAAGGACAGUGAUUGGCUCUGCAGCCAGAGACAUCUCACUGCAAGGGCCAGGCCUGGCUCCAGAGCACUGCUACAUUGAGAACCUGCGUGGCACCCUCACCCUCUACCCUUGUGGCAAUGCCUGCACUAUUGAUGGGCUCCCUGUCCGGCAGCCCACACGGCUCACUCAGGGCUGCAUGUUGUGCCUGGGUCAGUCCACUUUCCUCCGCUUUAACCACCCGGCUGAAGCCAAGUGGAUGAAGAGCAUGAUUCCAGCAGGGGGCCGGGCCCCUGGGCACCCCUACAGCCCUGGCCCUGUGGAAUCAGAGAGUCUGGUGAAUGGGAACCACACGUCACAGCCUGCAACCCGAGGACCUGCGGCCUGUGCCAGCCACAGUUCCCUGGUGAGCUCUAUUGAGAAAGACCUGCAGGAGAUCAUGGACUCACUGGUGCUAGAGGAGCCUGGAGCUGCUGGCAAGAAGCCUACUGCAACCUCUCCAUUGUCGCUGAUGGCUAAUGGCGGGCGCUACCUCCUGUCCCCUCCAACCAGCCCUGGCGCCAUGUCUGUGGGUUCCAGCUAUGAGAAUACCUCUCCAGCCUUCUCUCCACUCUCCUCACCAGCCAGCAGUGGAAGCUGUGCCAGUCACUCACCUAGUGGGCAGGAGCCAGGCCCUUCUGUGCCUCCACUGGUGCCCGCCCGUUCUUCUAGCUACCAUCUGGCCCUGCAACCCCCACAGUCCCGCCCAAGUGGUACACACUCCUCUGAGAGCCCUCGGCUGGGCAGGAAAGGGGGUCAUGAGCGGCCUCCAAGCCCGGGCCUCCGUGGUCUGCUGACAGAUAGUCCUGCGGCUACUGUCUUGGCAGAGGCCCGCAGAGCCACCGAGAGCCCCCGGCUGGGUGGGCAGCUGCCUGUGGUGGCUAUCAGCCUGAGUGAAUACCCAGCUUCUGGUGCUCGCAGCCAAUCCACCAGCAUUCCUGGCAGCCCCAAGUUCCAGUCUCCAGUCCCUGCUCCCCGCAACAAGAUUGGCACACUCCAGGACCGCCCUCCCAGCCCUUUCCGUGAGCCUCCAGGCACUGAGCGGGUGCUGACAACCAGCCCUUCACGCCAACUGGUGGGCCGGACAUUUUCAGAUGGGUUAGCCACCCGCAACUUGCAGCCUCCUGAGAGUCCCCGCAUGGGUCGGCGGGGCCUGGAUAGUAUGCGAGAACUCCCUCCAUUGAGCCCAUCUUUGUCCCGACGGGCUCUCUCCCCACUGCCCACCCGGACCACUCCAGAUCCCAAGCUAACCAGGGAAGUGGCAGACAGUCCUCGGCCCCGGCACUGGGGAGCCCAGGGGGCUUCACCAGAAGACUUUUCCCUGACACUGGGGACACGGGGCCGUAGGACAAGGAGCCCCUCACCCACACUGGGGGAGUCUCUGGGCCCCCGCAAGGGCAGCUUCAGUGGCAGGCUGAGCCCAGCCUACAGUUUGGGUUCUCUCACUGGGGCUUCACCCCGCCAGAGCCCCUGUCCCCAGAGGAAGCUGUCCAGUGGGGACUUGCGGGUGCCAAUCACGCGGGAGCGGAAAAACAGCAUCACAGAGAUCAGUGACAAUGAGGAUGACCUCCUGGAGUAUCACCGGCGGCAGCGCCAAGAGCGGCUCCGGGAGCAGGAGAUGGAGAGGCUGGAACGCCAGCGCCUGGAGACCAUCCUGAACCUGUGUGCCGAGUAUAGCCGGGCUGACGGUGGACCUGAGGGUGGGGAGCUGCCCAGCAUUGGGGAGGCCACUGCAGCAUUGGCGCUGGCAGGCCGGAGGCCCUCACGAGGCCUUGCAGGGGCCACUGGGCCUUCUGGGAGGAGCAGCGAGGAACUUGGAGGUGCCACCCAACGCCUGUGGGAGAGUGUGGAGCGCUCAGAUGAGGAAAAUCUCAAGGAGGAGUGCAGCAGCACAGAGAGCACCCAACAGGAGCAUGAAGAUUCACCUAGCUCCAAGCUCCAGGGAGAGGUGCUGGCCCUGGAGGAGGAGCGGACUCUGGUGCUGGGGCGUGUGGAGAAGCUCAAAGUUCGCGUGAAGGAGCUAGAGCAGCAGCUGCAGGAGUCGGCCCGAGAGGCUGAAAUGGAGCGGGCACUACUGCAGGGGGAGAGGGAGGCCGAGCGAGCCCUGCUGCAGAAGGAGCAGAAGGCAGUGGACCAGCUGCAGGAGAAGCUGGUGGCCUUGGAGACGGGCAUCCAGAAGGAGAGGGACAAGGAGAGGGCGGAGCUGGCCGCGGGACGGAGGCACCUGGAGGCCCGCCAGGCGCUCUACGCCGAGCUCCAGACGCAGCUCGAUAACUGCCCCGAGUCAGUGCGGGAACAGUUACAGGAGCAGCUGAGAAGGGAGGCAGAGGCCCUGGAGACGGAGACAAAACUCUUUGAAGACUUGGAGUUCCAGCAGCUGGAGCGGGAGAGCCGCGUGGAGGAGGAACGCGAGCUGGCCGGCCAGGGGCUGCUCCGGAGCAAGGCUGAGCUUCUGCGCAGCAUCGCCAAGAGGAAGGAGCGCCUGGCAGUCCUGGAUAGUCAGGCUGGGCAGAUCCGGGCCCAGGCUGUGCAAGAGUCGGAGCGCCUGGCCCGUGACAAGAAUGCCUCCCUGCAGCUGCUACAGAAGGAGAAGGAGAAACUGACCAUGCUGGAAAGGAGAUACCACUCACUCACGGGGGGCAGGCCUUUCCCGAAGACCACAUCGACCCUCAAAGAGGCUGAGCUGCUCAUCUCUGAGUCCUCAGGGAUGGAGCUGGGGACUAAGGUUCUGGGCCCAUUCUCAGGGUCUUCUCUGGCCAGGACUUCCUCUGUCCCUUUAACCCCACCUGCUUCCACUCCACUCAGCCCCAAAGCACAAGAGAUGGAGAAGCUGCUGCUCCCUGCUGUAGACUUAGAGCAGUGGUACCAGGAGCUGAUGGCCGGGCUGGGGACUGGCCCCGCUGCAGCCUCCCCUCGCUCUUCCCCCCCGCCUCUGCCUGCCAAAGCUUCCCGUCAGCUGCAGGUUUACCGCUCCAAAAUGGAUGACGAGGCCACUAGCCCUCUGCCCCGGACCCGCAGUGGCCCCCUCCCCUCCUCCUCUGGCUCUUCCUCCUCCUCCUCCCAGCUCAGCGUGGCUACCCUGGGCCGUAGCCCCUCCCCAAAGAGUGCUCUGCUCACCCAGAACAGCACGGGCAGCCUUCCACGCAACCUGGCAGCUACGCUGCAGGACAUUGAGACCAAGCGCCAAUUGGCUCUGCAGCAGAAGGUCAAGUCGCUUCCUGCCGAGCCCCUCCCAACUGACGACCCAGCAGGCCAGCAGGUGAUUGAAGAGCAGCGGCGGCGACUGGCUGAGCUGAAGCAGAAAGCAGCAGCCGAGGCACAGUGCCAAUGGGAUGCCCUGCAUGGGGCUGCGCCCUUCCCGGCAGGCCCCUCAGGCUUUCCCCCACUCAUGCACCACUCCAUUCUACACCACCUGCCAGCUGGGCGGGAGCGUGGGGAGGAGGGCGAGCACGCCUAUGAUACGCUGAGCCUGGAGAGCUCGGACAGCAUGGAGACCAGCAUUUCCACGGGGGGCAACUCAGCCUGCUCCCCUGACAACAUGUCCAGUGCAAGUGGUCUGGAUAUGGGGAAGAUCGAGGAGAUGGAGAAGAUGCUGAAAGAGGCUCAUGCAGAAAAGAGCCGGCUCAUGGAGUCAAGGGAGCGGGAGAUGGAGCUGCGACGGCAGGCCCUGGAGGAAGAGCGGCGGAGGCGUGAGCAGGUAGAACGGAGGCUGCAAAGUGAGAGUGCCCGGAGGCAGCAGCUGGUGGAGAAAGAGGUCAAGUUGCGAGAGAAACAGUUUUCCCAGGCACGACCCCUGACCCGCUACCUGCCAAUCCGGAAGGAAGACUUUGACCUAAAGAUCCAUAUUGAGUCAUCAGGUCAUGGUGUGGAUACCUGCCUGCACGUGGUGCUCAGCAGCAAGGUCUGCCGUGGCUACUUGGUCAAAAUGGGUGGCAAGAUUAAAUCAUGGAAGAAGCGCUGGUUUGUCUUCGACCGCCUCAAGCGUACCCUUUCCUAUUAUGUGGACAAGCAUGAGACGAAGCUGAAGGGGGUCAUCUAUUUCCAGGCCAUCGAGGAGGUGUAUUAUGACCACCUGCGCAGUGCAGCCAAGAGCCCGAACCCAGCCCUCACCUUCUGCGUGAAGACUCAUGACCGGCUGUACUACAUGGUGGCUCCGUCUGCAGAAGCCAUGCGCAUCUGGAUGGAUGUCAUUGUCACAGGGGCUGAGGGCUACACUCAGUUCAUGAACUGACAGCCAUGGGCCUUCUGGACCCUCAGGCUGGCUGCAGGACCCAUGCCUGGCCACCUGCUGCUCUGCUUGCCUGAGAGACAGAGUCCUGUGCCAGGCCUCAGGGCUCAUAGGAACAGGGCAGAACGCCAUUGGGGCUUUUGUACAAGAAGACUUUGUAAUAACUGCCUACGGAGCUCAGUCCUGUGAGCUCGUGGGCUCUGCCCCCCUGAAGAAUCAGUUGAAAGAUAAAAAGUGGGGAGGGGGCUUUGCUGUCUCCUGAGAGCCCAGAACUUGCAAUAACCCUUCAGGGUCCUGCACUGGGCUGGCCAGGCCGAGGAGCUAUCAGAGUGGGCCUCUCAGCUCUGACCUGGAGCCUGCUCUGCCCUCCCCAGCCUGUUUUCUCUUUUGUAAAGGACAAAUUAUGGUACCAUAAUCUGCCAAAGAUCCCUCUUGCCUCAGCCCCUUUGUAGGGGCCUUGAGAGCGGAGCAGAGCCACAUCCCCAGUGGGGUGCUUGUAACAGCUCAGGCGGCUACUUCUCAACCCCGCUCUGCCCCCUAUUCUUCUUUCUUUUAUACUUUUUAUUACUUUGCUCAAGGGCUAGAGAUCUCAAGUGUCAUCCUUGAGGUCCCAGUCCCAUCCCCUUAUUGCAGACCCAUCACCACGGUCACCAUAGGGACUGCUUUGUUACCAUGGACAAUUGCCCACUGUUGCAGCUGUGGGCCAUCUGAGGGUACCUGCCAUCAUCUCUCCAGCCCUCCUUGGGCAUCUCAUGCUGGGGGAAGGGAUUGAACACUUUCUCCCUGCCCCUGGCCUGUGUCACCGGCCCCCAGACCAGUCCUCUCCCUUCCACUCGUGCCUUGCUUAGAGCCAGAAGGGAUGAACCCCAAGGAUCUAGAGCAGAGGACCGAUGCAGGUGGGUUAGGACGCUGGAAGGGCCAUCCUCGGUGCUGUACAGCGUUGCAUUUCUGACAGGGAAGUGGGGUGCUCAGAUGCUCCCACAGAAAAGCCUGAGCAGGAGGGGAAGCAGCAGAGGGAAGGGCCCUGAGGUGCCAUCAUCCUCCCAUCAGCCUUGGAAGGUGAUGGGAAUGGAGAGUGGAGGACCAGGCCUAUCUGGCCUCCACUUCAUGCCUUAACACUAAGCCCACCUCUCCUACCCUCCUCCUCAGCACUGGGCCCUUGGUCUCCUGGGCCAAGUCUCCUGGGCCGUUUCUCAGUGUUUGUAAGCAUUUCAGCAGAACAAUAAAGCCUUUGGACUAUG